UGUAGAUGGCAAAGCGGAAUGUGAUAACCAAACCCGCUUUUGAAGCUCUUCACUGUUUCAAUCAAGAACGGAAGGCCGCAUAUAUGCUACUGGUGUCUGCAUGCUUUCACAAUAAGAAACAUGAACAAGUGUUUCGCAAAAAAAAAAACAGAGACAUGAACAAGUGUAACCAUGCAUGUCACGUUGCAUACAUGUUAAGUUUGGAAGUCCAAAACACGGUUAUUAGAGUCAAGCCUGUAUUAAAAAAAUUCUGGAAACAAGCAUGCACCACCUACUCCAGGUCAAGGGUCACCUGUGAGCAUAUAUGAGCUACAGGCUGCGCUUCUCUGCAGCACUGAACAAGGAGAAUACAAUCCAUCAUCUUCAGUUUGCGCCAGCCAAGGACUCAGCACCGAUUGCUGGGAAAUCUGUUGGAAGCUCUGCAAUUUCAAGGUAAUUUGCUGGAGCCAACGUGCAUCCUCAAGAAGUGGUCACUUCUCAAUCAGUUUCGAGACGUUGCAAGAGGACAGCCACCAUGGCUAAGAGGGGUGACUACAUGGUCAGCUCCAGCGGCAGCUCUAAUGGAGCCCAUAAAAGGCUGCUGCCGGAUUCUAGCAGCUAUGCCCAGGAGCAUGCUAAGAAGAGGGUCCACAUUAGCUCAAGAACUGAGUACACAUACGCACCAUAUCAUGAUGGCUACCAGUGGAGAAAAUACGGGCAAAAAAUGAUCCGGGGCAAUACCUACCCGAGGUGCUACUAUAGGUGCACGUUCCAUCAGGAUCAUGGCUGCCCAGCAACCAAGCAUGUGGAGCAAAGCAAUUCCCAGGAUCCGCCACUGUUCCGAGUAAUCUACACAAAUGAGCACACAUGCAGCAGUACCCAUGUCUCCGACUACAUGGCUUCAUCUAUACACAUCCAACAGAUUGCCGAUGCCUCUUUGAGAAAGGCAGAGAUGGAAAUACCUCGCCUGACCGACUGUGUUGCUGGCCACGGAUUGGUAAAAGAAGAGAAAGAUGCCACUGUCUCCUCCUUGCUCACUGUCAUCAAUGGCUGUGAUGUUGUAAAAUCUGAUGUUGGGCAUGCAGCUUUGCAAGAGAUCACACCUUUUCUGAUGGACAGAAACAGCUAUGAAGCCAUCCCUUCGGUUUCACCUGUACAGCUGGCGGCAUCAGAUGAACUGAAAACGGACUUUGUCGAACCACCAGAGUCCCACUGGUUUGAGCCUUUGGAUUUGGGUUGGUUUAUGGAAUACACGCAGACUGGUUGAUCUAUCAUCUAUUACUAAACGCAUUCAAAAUCAACCUUUGGCUUACCUACUCUAUGCAGAAUAUUUGUACUCACUCUGUUUAGCAGAGUUUCUUUUUGGUGCAGGGCAUACAGUACAAUUUUACCGAUCUGGUGCACGUGCAUUUUUGUGGAGUUGCGUGUAAUGUAAUGAACAGGUUUGCACAUUAUUGUGUUGUGGUAUAUCUAAUAAAAAAACAAACCUAGCUAGUAAACUUUGCUUUCUCAGUAAAAAAACUUUGAAUACCCACUACAAGGUAUUCCAUGGGCCUUUUGGUUUUGCUGUUCA